AUCCUUUGUCAAAUCACAGUCUACCUUGGCAGUCAUUCUCAGUUCAUAGUAGAGCUGGUCGGAUGUCUAAAAUGCUCCGAAUCUGACUUUCUCUUGAGCUCAGUCACUCUCUCGGGCGCGCUUGUUUUGUGCAUCCACGCCCCUGUGCACGGAGAUUUGGGAGAGGGUUUGUCGUUUAAACAAGAAACCUGGUGUAUGAGGAUUUAGGGGUUUCAAAAUUAUAGUUAGAUCUGAUAAUAGGGGCAGAAUGGAUCUGCAUUUGAAGAACCUGUUUGAUAGAUUCCAGGAGCAAUUCGGGUCUGGUCCCGGGCUUGGUCCUGGAUCCGGGACAUGUCUUAUGAAUGUAGAGGGUAUUGCUCCUAAUUUUAUUAAGUCGAUGUUUAAAGCUUCAGCAGCUCUAUAUAGGACUGAUCCCUGGAGAAGGUUGCGACCGGGACACCUUUUUGGAAUCCGGGUUGGGAAAGAUUUGGAUUGGUCUAGCAAGAAACAGCCUUUCUCAUGUGCUCAAUUCAUUGGAGGGGAUGGUGGGGAUGUUGGGUUCAACAUGUUUCGAUCUGAAAAUGAUGCUAAGAAGAUGACAGGCUCGAGAGAGACUAUCCGGGUUCCGAAUGUUGAGCUGUUAAGAGUCACGUAUGAACGGGAGUCAUUGAUGUUUCCCUCAAAUAUGAAAAUGAUCAAGUCUUUGUCAUUGGAGACAUCAGGGACCGAUCGUUUUCCAGUUAUUGAUGUUGCCCGUUGCACAUCUUCAGAUGAUCUUCGGUUUAGGAACCCAACUCUUGAAGAACUUAGAUUUGUAUAUGCAUUCAUGAAAGCUAUCUCUCUGAUGCACCCAUUACUUCAGGUAGAUAGAGAAGGUGGUCCAAAGUGGUCUAUGUUGAUGUAUUUUGAACCAUUUAUUGAGACAGUUGAUGUCCAGUGGCCUCCAGAAAUGGCCAAGGGUUAUGAUCUUGUUGCAGUUACAGUCUCACAUCCACCCGGUCAGGCAUAUGAAGAAAAGGCUACUACAGCUAGCUCUACCCCUACCAAAUACGCAGAACCACCAAAGGAUGACACUUUUAUUGAUGUGAAAGUAUACUCACAUGCAGGCCUGAGGCAGUGCGCAGUGUGCGAUAAAGAAGUUCUUGGAGAACAGUCUCUCUGUUGUGGGCAGUGUCGAGCAGUGGUUUACUGCAGUUCCAUAUGCCAGAAGCAGCAUUGGAAGGAAACACAUAAAAGCAUGUGUGGUCUUUACAAGGUUAUGAUGGAAAAGGAAGAGGAGCUGGCAAUCAAAAUAUUCAUGUUCCCCUGUUCUGCUGAGCAGCCUUGUAAAUGGCUUGAAUCAUUAGGUAUCCAUCAGAAGGGCAUGUGGAGGAGAAGGUGUAGUUGCUAUUCUCACUGUCCUUUUGGUCUCCUUCCUGUUAAAGGUGGGCUGUGGGAUUCAUGGGGUGGGCUUGAUGAUGAAGAGUACCCUCGUGAUUCACCUUUUCACAAUCAUUUAAGAGAUGGCAUCUCAAACCCAAUCCUUCUUUCUGGUUGGUCAGAGUACUAUAAUCUUAGGUCACUGCCAUUAUCAAGCCCUGUUGCUGACAUUCUCUCCCACCCAUUGACAGUUUAUCACAUUUUAACAGCUCUCAAUAUCAGUUCAAAGAACCUUUUACUCAAGGGGAAGGAGGUGAUUCUUCACUACCUAGGGCCUGAGGGGGAGUUGGACUGGAUGCCAGCAUUUGCAGAGGUAGGUCAUUUACUGAAUGGACUGGGCAAUAUACAAAUAGUAAUGGUGGGACCUGAAGUUCCAACAAAUUUGUCUGGUACAACUUCUGGAAUAGGUAGCAGAGUGAGGGUGAAUCUUGUGAGGGGUGUUUACCAGGAGGAAGCCACCUACCUGCCUUCUCCCCAUGUUAUUGUUGCGCUGAACUGUGGAUUGGAUAGCUGUGUGAGUUGGGUUGGAGCUCUUGAUUUGAUCAAAUCCAUGGGCACUCCUGCCUUCUUCACGGAUCAAUCUGAAAUUUUGUGUGCCAAUGUUAAGAAGGUUCUUCGUAGUGCUGGACUGCAUAUCACACUUCCCGUGACGCCAAAUCAGUUCCGCUCUCCAGUGAAAAAUCAUGGGGCUUCUUGCAAUCUUCCCUCGUAUAGCAAUGGUUUCAUUCUUGGGGUGAAUACUUGAACUGGGAACCAUGAAGGGCCUUAGUGUAUUUCUGGUGGUUAUGUUUACUCCCCGAGAUGAGAGGUAAUGUAAUGAUUGAGGCACUAGAUUUUUUCACUUUUUUCUUUUCAAACGAGUUCUAUGGAGAAAUUUAUGCAGGCAUGAGCUUUUUGUUGAUCCUUUGGUUGUGAACAUUCUCCAUGUUGUACAACACUAUCUUCUUCCAUUCUUUGUUAUCAAUCUACUGUGACAGUUCAUGAGUCACGACAGACAUGACCCAGCGCUCAUUGACACUCUCUGAGAAUAUGUUUUUCUUAAUGCAGUCUUUGUUAUCAA